CUAGCCUGACAACCAUUAGCCAAUGAGCUAAAUUCGUAUCAACUACAACCAGUUUGUAUUCCGGUUCGGUCGGCGAUUGCUGUACGUUCGCAGCGCAAAAUUAUAAAAAAAAAAUAUAUAAAAAUGUUCCCUUUGCGUCGUGUCGGUUGUAAGAUUUUAGAGCAAUGGCGGGCGCCGGUUGUGGUGGCUGCGAAAUCGAAGAAUUUCAGUACAGACGCUCCCCGGCCGUUGACUAUGCUGACAGAUGAUGAACUGGCUAUGAGAGAAACAAUCAGAAAGCUGGCAACAGAGCAGAUCGCACCACUGGUAAAAAAGAUGGAAGAUGAACACAAAAUCGACGAAGGGAUCAGACAGAUGCUAUUCGAUAAUGGUCUCAUGGGUAUCGAAACACCAACCGAAUACAGCGGCUCAGGAUGCGGGUUCCUAACAAUGAUGUUAGUGGUAGAAGAAUUGUCCAGGGUAGAUCCAGCGGUUGCCGCGUAUGUGGACAUCCAUAACACAUUAGUCAACUCUUUAUUCAUGAAAUUAGGAACGGAAGAACAGAAGAAGAAAUACCUGACGAAGUUGUGUACGGAAUACGCUGGCAGUUUCUGCUUAACAGAACCAACGUCGGGUUCAGACGCAUUUGCACUGAAAACCGUGGCAAAGAAGGAUGGCAAAGAUUACGUCAUUAAUGGCUCAAAGAUGUGGAUCUCUAAUUCUGAUGUAGCUGGUGUAUUCCUCAUUAUGGCUAAUGCCGAUCCUUCAAAGGGCUACAAAGGCAUCACGUGUUUCAUAGCUGAGCGCGACACCCCUGGCCUCACCGUCGCCAAACCAGAGAAUAAACUCGGCAUCCGAGCAUCCGGGACUUGCAUGGUGCACUUCGAUAACGUGAGAGUGCCCGAGGAGAACAUCCUGGGAGAAUAUGGGAAAGGUUACAAAUACGCGGCUGGUUUCCUCAACGAGGGUCGCAUCGGUAUCGCGUCGCAGAUGAUCGGCCUGUGCCAGGGCUGCAUGGACGCUACCAUCCCUUACACCUUGGAGAGGAAACAGUUCGGAAAGAAGAUCUACUCCUAUCAGGGUAUCAGCUACCAAAUAGCUCAUCUACAAACACAACUAGAAGCCGCAAGGUUACUGACCUACAACGCUGCAAGACUAAAGGAAAAUGGACUUGAAUUCGUCAAAGAAGCUGCUAUGGCUAAAUACUACGCUUCAGAAAUAGCUCAAACCCUGACAUCUAAAUGCAUUGACUUUAUGGGAGGAGUUGGUUUCACCAGGGACUUCCCGCAGGAGAAAUUCUUUAGGGAUGCUAAAAUUGGUACUAUCUAUGAGGGAACAAGCAACAUGCAACUACAAACCAUAGCAAAACUAAUUGAAAAGGAAUACAGUCAAUAGUUAUAUAAAAAAAUUAAGUAUGUUAUUGUCAGGGUAUCGAGCAUUUAUAGAAUUUGGUACAUAAUGAAAAUGUAUUUUUUUAUAUUUAUUACCGAGUAUAUUUUAUAUUGAUAUUCUGUUCAAAUUGUUAAUAGGUUUAUAUUAUGUAGUUAACUGUUAUAUAUUUAUAAUUGUUUCUAUAUGUGUGUAAAUACAAAAUCUGUGAAAGUUUAUGAUUAAAUUAGUAAAAUAUUUAUAAAAUAAAUGUAGCUUAAUAUUUUAUAUUUAUAUACUAACCUAUUUUUUAUCUAUUUUCCCAUUGUUUCAAACCGAUAAAUAAAACAUAAUGAUUAUUAUUUACUCUUUAUUUUACCACUGCAAUAUAAUAAGAAAAACUAACAUUAAGACAGAAAAAAACAUUUGAAUUGUAAGUAAAAUAACCAUUUUAAAUUCUAUAUUUCACUUCUUUAUUCACUAUUUCUAUUUUCUAUAUAUUUUCUACUUUAAUAUUAUUUCAUGUUGUACUAUGACAAGAACCAGUUUUGUAAAAAUAACAAUAAAAUUCUACAAGAUUUUCCAUAUCUAUCUAUAUUGCAUAGAAAUAAACACUAUAAUUUAGAAAAUAUACAUACAAUUUUUACAAAA